AUGCUCUCACGUGUUGUUGCUGUAAUGGCACCCCGCACACACAACCGUCGCCGCGUGACCGGAUCCAGCGGAAGGAGGAGGGAAGGAAGAGUGAGUGAGCCACAGAGACCCAACAUGUCCCGGCGUGUGUUUGAUUCCACGGUGCUGCUCCUCCUCGUUGUGAUGAUGUGCUGUGGCACUGGUUUGGCUGCACCCGCUGAGGACAGCAAUUCAGGGGAUGUGCGGCUGCCGCAACGGGUCGGUCUCUUUUGGCCGAGGAAGACGUCGGUGCUGCCGAAAGAGGGGGCGGGCCCGGGUGAUGUGAGGGAUGCAUUUGUCUCACCCUCUAUUGUUAUUGCUGGUGGAGUGAUGAUUGCAUUUGCUGGGGGUGAGAAGAGGCAUAAUGAUCCCGCGCAUCCAUCCGAGCGUUAUGGAUCUGUUGAUAUUGUUGCGGGGUACCUCAACGCUACGGAGCCGUGGCCGUCCAUGGUCGCCUAUAUCACCUCCAGUAAGUGGCAUGCACAAACCGUUUUUGCCAGAGAAGCCGUAAAGGAUAGGUUGAGCGUUGCGAUUCUACCCACGUCACUUUCCAAUGGCAAGAAUCUUUUCCUCCUUGUGGGAAGCUAUUAUUUUGUUUUUGAUUCAACUGCGCAGCAUUGGGUUGAUGUUGGCUGGGAUAUUCAUUUGGUUAAGGGUGAGGCCACGCCGUCCACGGAAGAAGAGCCGAGUAAAGGGAUCCAAUGGGGCACACCUCAAUCUUUGUUGGGGCUGAUCAGCGCACGUACUGAAAAACUUGGCCUGUACAAGUUUUUUGGUGCUGGUGGCUCAGGCAUUGUGCUGGAGAGGGGCUGGCUUGUGUUUCCCCUGACGGCGUUCAAAGGCGAAGGAAAAACCGUCUUCAUUAUUUAUUCAAAGAAUGACGGCCGCAGCUGGGACGUCGCCACAGGCACGCCUCCUGGGUCCUGCUUUGGCCCUCUUAUUGCCGAAUGGGAGGAAAAAAUUCUCAUGAUCAUUGAAUGUGCGGAUGGCCGCAAAGUGUUUCAGUCAAGUGACGUGGGGGAUACAUGGACGGAGGUUCCCGGGGUACUGUCACGCUUGUGGACCAGCGAGCCAAACCCUCGGGGGCUAAAUUUUGCGUUGGGAGAUCUCAUCACUCUGAACUCUGGCAUAAGGAGUGUCAUGCUGUACACUCAGAAAGGGUUUCCCCAGGGGGAAGACAAAGCCAAUGCGCUCUACCUUUGGGUCACGGAUAAUAACCGCACGUGUCCUGUUGGCCCAAUUUCUAUGGAUGAUGAUAGGGAGAGGACGGUUGCCAACAGACUGCAGCACUCAAAUAAUAUGCUGUAUCUUCUGCAUGAGAAAAGAGAUCAAAUUACUGGUGGCAUUUUUCUUUCCCCACUGAAGGAGGAGCUCGACACAAUCAAUUCCGUUGUGAGUAUUUGGGCACUGAUGGACACUUUUUUUUCCGGGUUGUCUAUACCCACGGAUGGGCUGGUGGCAUUUUUGUCCGAUUCAGCCACUCCUGGUGUGUGGAUCGACAUGUACCGCUGCGUGAAUGCAGAAGUAAAAGGUGCGGAAAAAGUCGACUAUGGGUUUAAGUUCCCGGGGUCUGGGUCCAAGGGGAUAUGGCCCGUGAACAGGAAGAAAUUGAACAGGCAGUACACCUUUGUGGAUUACAGCUUUUCUUUUGUGGCGACGGUGGUCAUCGCGGAGACGCCCGCGGGCAGUAUCAAAAGCACUCCUCUGGUGGGUGCAAGCCUGGAGGACCCUGCAGGCACGAAUUUCAUUGGGCUGUCUUGCACCGCGGAGGGGAAGUGGGAGACGGUGUUCAACGGCGUGAAAAUGACAUCGAGCAGCGCAUGUGAGCCGGGGAAAGAACACCAGGUGGCGAUUAUGCUGCAGGACAACAGGGGACUUGUGUGUGUGGAUGACGAGAUUGUGGGGAGCUCAGAGACGAUGCCAACAAUUGAAAGGCGGGGGACGGAAAUAUCGGAGUUCUACUUUGGGGGCGGUGAUGGAGGCAUCAGCGUGACAGUGAUGAACGUUUUACUGUACAACCGCCCACUGAGUUUUGCCGAACUGCGAAUGAUCAGUAAAACCGACACCUCGAUGCGUGGGAGUAUGCCUUGGCCGCUGCUGCUGUUGCUGGGGCUGUGCGGCAUUGUGGCCCUUUACUGA